AUGAACCAUCCACAGCCUAGAGACCAUCCGCCUCCACCUCUCGGCGCAAUGGGGCGGGGUGCUCCUGGUCUAGCUCCUCCACCUCCAGGGUUUCAGGGUCCUCCUCCAGGUUUUCAAGGCCCUCCAGGGUUUCAGGGUCCUCCUCCAGGUUUCCAAGGGCCUCCUCAGGGUCACCAAGGUCCUUCAGGUCAGGGUGGUCGUGGUCCACCUCCGCCACAAAUGCAAAUGCCUAUGCGUCCACGACAUGAAUCUUCUUCCCACAUAGUUGACCUCAACGCCACAGAGAAACGACCACUUGACGAUGCAGCGUGCAGAAAGUUGUUGACGACAUAUACGGUCCAUUCGAUCAGGAAAGUUGUACCGACUGGAAAGGAGAAAUCCACCUGGGCAAAGGCUGUGGUAACCGAAGAGCCUUUAUCACAAGAGGAUAUUGCUGCGCAAAUAAAAAAAUUGAGAGACUCCCUACAAACGAUAGCAGAUAAAAAGGCAGCAUUGUUUCCUAACCAGCAGGCUCAAGUCAAUAGGCUCUUGGAUCGAUUGAAAGGCGAGGAACCGGAUCAACACUUUGAUUGGUCCCUUGUCCAGCUUGACAGAAGAGAGAGAUACCACAAGAAAGUGAGAGAAACUGUUGUAAUCACAGUGAUAGUAAAACGUGCGGUCAGGGAUCAAUUCAAUGCCAUGGCCAUUUAUCAACUCAUCGAGAAGAACAAACAAGAAAGAUUGGCGGAAUUAAUGAGACCUCCAAUGCCGCCACCCCAGCCUCAAAAUCCGCCACCGAUUCCGCUACCAAAUCCACCACCAAAUCCAAAUGACCAACCUCCAGCUGUCGUAGGAGUUCUUCGUACGCCUGGACACAAUGGUAGUAACCGCGGCAGAUCUAGAAGUAGAAGCAGGCAGAGGCCAGCUCGUUAUGAGUCAGACUCGAACUCUGAUUCCGAAUCUGACAGCGACACAGACUCAACCGGAGCCUCAACAAUCAGCAGUUCCCUGGCCACUAGCAUUAGUUCUCGGUCAGAUGAACGCUCAAGAAAGAAUAGCUCGCGGAGCAGACGAGGACAUAGCCAUAGAGGACAUAGCCAUAGCAGACACCGUGCACGGGAGCACCAUAAGAAAUACUAUACCCACAAAAGCGAGUCGCCUGAGCCUAUAUUUCAAGAGUUUCGACGAAGCGGCGAACCAAGGCCUCCUUCUGCUGGAGAAUUUGCCCCACUUACUGCUCCUGAUGCCAUUGCUCAAGCAUUUCAACAGGGCAGAGAGGAAGAAAGGGCAGCUGCCCAGUACUAUCUAUCACAGUCACAGCGACCAAUCAUUAUCGAUGAUCCUUCAAGAGCUGUGGUUCCGGCUGGCCCUCGUGAACUUGAGCAUAACACCGCGGCGCCCCGUUAUCCACCUCGUCAACGUGUGGAGGCCACGAUGGUGGAAGGGCCCCAAUAUGUAGAGCCUCAAUAUUUAAGGGCCGUACCUAGACGUCGAGAACCACUAUACAGUGAUCGACACCCUGAUGAUCUGUAUGAAGAUGACGUUGCGCCUAGUAUCAUACGGAAUGUGAGGCCAGUUCCAAGAGAGGCCGCUUAUAGACGCCGACUCUCUGACGUCGAGAAUUAUAUUGCCCGAGAUUCAAUCCCCCGUAGAAUCCCAUUUACAGGCCUUCGCCCUCAGAUUCCUCAAGUUCGUCAUCACCAUCCGUUCGCACCAAGAAGUCCACCACGACCUCGGUAUGCUUCUAGUUACAGCAGUAAUAGUGCGUACACAUAG